AUGAAAGACCUUCAGACUCCUGCUGCAGCAGAAGAGAAUGUGGCCAGCCCUGUUCCUCAGAUGCUUAAUGAUGGACCAAUCCCAAAUGAGACCUACACACAGAUGAAAGGCCUUCAGACUCCUGCUGCAGCAGAAGAGAAUGUGGCCAGCCCUGUUCCUCAGAUGCUUAAUGAUGGACCAAUCCCAGAUGAGACCUACACACAGACCAUUCACAUGGAGGGACCUUUAGCAGAGGACAUUGAAGAUGUCUGUAUGCUAGGUGACAAGGGGUCAGACGAUGAGGUCAGCAUGUCAUCCAGGCAAGAAUGUACCUCCAUAUCAGAAAGUCAAAACCAAAGAGUGUCUGCAACAGAUGUCAGUAUGCCAGAAGAGGGGUCAGAACAUGAGGUCAGCAUGUCAUCCCUGCAAGAAUGUACCUCCACGCCACAAGUCCAAAACCAGACUGUCUCUGCAAAAAAGAGAGAAAAACAAACAGCUGUCAAGAGAAGCUGGACCCCAGAAGAGUGUGCUGCAGUGGACAAACAUUUGAGGAGAUUUAUCGUGAGGAGUCAAGUUCCUGGUAAAGAAGAGUGUCAGCGCUGUAUUACUGCUGCACCUGAAGCUCUCAGAAACAGAGACUGGAAAGCUGUUAAAUAUUAUGUUAAAAAUCGCAUUACAGCCCUGAGAAGAAAAGUAGUAUGAAAGCACCUAAUUGAACGGAGGUAAAAGCAAAACAUUGGAUGUCAAAAUGUUUUGUCCUUUGUUGUGUUUGUUGUUACUUUUUGUUGUUUUUGUAAGGGUUUGCUCAGGUUUUAUGGCUGUUCAGUUGUGUACAAAUAAAAACAUUUCACAGGUUUUUUUUGUAUAUUUUUUACACCUGUAAUAACAAGGCAUUUUGAAUGCAGUCCAAUGAAACGCAUAAUUUCAAUGCCAAUGUAACAAAAAAUGUUGGGUUUGCAUAGAACUUCAAACUGAUAUUGUUAAAACAUUCAGUGGAGAUUAGAUUAAUGAUUUAAUAAUUAAAAAAAUCACAAGCAUAUGGCAUAAAAUGUAAUUAAAUUGGUCAUUUCAAUUUUGUUAUUAAACUGUCUUUGAAGCUGAA